AUGUCUGUAACCGUUGGGUUUCAUCAUGGUGGGUCUUUUGUGAGGGACUGGCUUAACAAAGAUGGUGUAGAGUCAGUCAUAGAUGUUGAUGCAGAUAAAUUUUGCUAUUUUGAAGCUAAAGGAAUAGUGGAUGAGCUAGUGAAACAACAUAUGUAUGGGGAAGAUUAUAGGUUGUGGUGGCAGGUUGAUGAAGAAGUUGGGUUUAAACUGUUUAGGUUGGAUGAAGUUGCUAAUGAGAUCAUGAAAUAUGCAGCAAGAAAAAGAUGCAAGGUUACCAUAUAUGUUGAGCAUGAUGUGGUUGAUAAGGAUGCUGAUGUAAGGUUACCUAGGUGUGUUGAUGGUGAUAUGCUUGAUAGGGAUGUUGAUGUAAGGUCUGGUGCAGAGCAUGUAAGGUCUGGUGCAGAGGUUAUGUGUAAGGAUAAGGGGAAGGAAAAGGUUGUUGAGAAUGAAGAGGAAGAUGUAACAUAUGAUACUGGAGUUUCAAGUAGUGAGGAGGAUGAGGUCUGUUAUCAUGGUCCAAAAACAGGGUAUAACAAGGUCAGAGGUGUUACACUUGAUGAUAGUGAAGAUGAAAAAGGUUUGGGUUUGGAUGAUGGUUUUGGAUUGGAAUAUUCCCUACCUAUGAAUGGAACAAAUAGAGUGAUGAUUGAAGGUAAAGAAUAUAGGGUGAAAAGGAGAGCAUGCAAAAAUCCAACAAAGAAAAAGACAACAGUUGCAAGUGCAUGUAAAGGUCCUUCUCUAUUAGAUGAUGUUCAAAUUGAUGGUGAUUAUGAAAGUGAUGAGUUGGGUAGCAGUGACCCUGAUGAUUCUGAUAGGGAGAAAGGUCCUAAAUAUGAAAGGUUUAGAAAGACACAACUUUGUAAGACAUUUCAGUUCAAGGUUGGAAUGGAGUUCAGUUCUACUAAGGAGUUCAAAGAAGCAAUAAUUGAAUGGACGGUAUUAAAUGGAUAUGAGAUAAAGUUUGUGAAAAAUGACUUGAUAAGAUGUAGAGUGGUUUGUAAAAAGAGGGAAAUGGAGGACUGUAUGUUUUUGGCUUUAUGUAGUCAAGUGAAUGGCCAACACACUUAUAGGAUUAAGACAUGGGAUGGGGACCACACAUGUCUUAAAGUAGGUGAAAAUAGAUCUGCCACAUCCAAGUGGGUGUCAAAAGCUGUUGUGCCAGCUUUGAUGUCUAAUGAAGACUUGAGGGUCUUCACUAUAAUGGAUGACAUGAGGAGGGAUUAUGGUGUGGGAAUAACAUUUGGGAGGGCAUGGAAAGCUAAGAUGAUAGCCAGGGAAAUCAUUGAUGGUAAUGCUACAAAACAAUACUCUAACUUAUGGAGAUAUGCAGCUGAGAUUCAUAGAGCUUCAGAGAAGAACACAGUGAAAAUAAAUGUUGAAAGAGUUGGACCAACACUUCAGCCUAGAUUUGGAUCUUUCUAUUUUUGUUUUGAAGGCUGUAAGCAAGGGUUCUUGAAUGGUUGUAGACCCUUCAUAGGUGUGGAUGGAUGUCACUUGAAGACACAAUAUGGUGGUCAAUUGUUGAUAGCAGUAGGCAGAGAUGCUAAUGACCAAUAUUAUCCUCUUGCGUUUGGCAUUGUUGAAGUUGAGAACAAAGAAUCAUGGAGGUGGUUUUUGACCCUGUUACUUGAUGAUAUUGGUACUGAGAAGAGAUGGGUCUUUAUUUCAGAUCAACAAAAGGGACUUAUGUCUAUAUUUGAUGAGUUACUUGAAGUUUGUGAGCAUAGACUUUGUCUGAGGCACCUAUAUGCAAACUUUAAGAAAAAGUUUGGAGGAGGUACUGCUAUUAGAGACUUAAUGAUGGGGGCAGCCAAAGCAACAUAUUACCAGGCCUGGGAGCAAAAGAUGCAAGAACUAAAGGCACUUGAUUUGGGAGCAUGGGAGUGGUUGAUGCAGCAUCCUACUAAGCUUUGGUGUAAGCAUGCUUUUAAUUAUUACUCUAAGUGUGAUGUUUUGAUGAACAACUUGUCAGAAACUUUUAAUUCCACAAUACUGUGUGCAAGAGAUAAGCCACCCAUUACCAUGUGUGAGUGGAUUAGAACAUAUCUUAUUAAUAGAAUUUCAACAAUUAGGUAUAAACUUUCUUCAUGGCAACAUAGGAUAAUGCCAAUGCCUAGGAAAAGACUAAAUGUUGAAAUUGAAUUUAGUGGAAACUGGAGGGUCAUUUGGAGAAUAGAUAAUGAAUAUGAAGUGCAUAAAUUAUAUGGUGGAUAUCAGUACAUAGUUGAUAUUGGGAAAAGAACUUGUACUUGUAACUUCUGGCAGCUAGUAGGUAUUCCAUGUAGACAUGCUAUUGCUGCAAUGGGUAAAAGGUCUCAGAGACCUGAGGAUUAUGUUGAUGACUGUUAUGCUAGAGCAACCUAUGAAAGAUGCUAUAGUUAUGGUGUAAGUGCACUUAAUGGUGAAGAUAUGUGGCCAAAUGUGGAUGUGGAAGAGAUGUUGCCACCUGCUUAUAAGAGAGGACCUGGAAGGCCAAAAAAAUUAAGAAGAAGAGAACCUGAUGAAGAUGGAAAUGGCAGAAAAUACAAGAGGCAAUGUACUAGAUACAGAUGCACAAAGUGUGGUCAGUCAGGACAUAAUAACAGAUCAUGCAAAAGUCAAGUUGUUAAUCCAGAUGCACAGAAAAGGAAGAGGAAGCCACCAAGGAAUGCAACAACUGUGGAACCAAUCACUGCUGAACCUAUCAUUGCUGAACCAGACAUCACUGCAAAUGGACCUGCUGAACCAGACAACACUGCUAAACCUAACAUUCCAGAACCUAUCAUUGCUGAACCAGACAACACUACAAAUGGACCUGCUGAACCAGACAACACUGCUGAACCUAACAUUCCAGAUUCUAUCAUUGUUGGACCUGCUAGAAAGCCUGCUAAACCGCAUGCUAACACAAACAAGCCAUCUGCUAAGCCUGCAAACACAACCUCAAAACCAAACAAGCCUGCUAAGCCUGCUGCUAACCCUGCUAAGCCUGCAAAUCCACCUGCACCUCCAUCAAAGAAAAAAUCAGAGAUAAUCUAUGAUGUUACUCAACUAAGAAAGAAGGCAGCCACCAACUUGACAUGGAAAGGAAGGACUUGUUGUGAAGGAUCUACUUCAAAGCCAACUUCCAAAGUCCCAGUUUACAAUUUCAAUCAUCUUAGAAGGAGUGGGAGGACAUGUUACUUUGGACCACAACCAAAGGAAGGUGCACCAGGAACUAUUGAAUCAAAUCCUAUUGAAGUUGGAGUAGAAGAUAAUGGGGAACUCACUCAGGAGAACUAG